AGAAAGCAGAAGAUCUUGUGGAACAGGAAGAGGGAACUGGAGAAACUGUCACUUCUGAAUGAUGAACAUUUAACUGAUGAAAUCUCGAUCAGUAACUAAUCCACCGCCACCCCUCUGAUACCUGAUUAGGCUAGUUUCCCUUACGAUGAGCAGCUCUUUUAUGAGGUAAGUGGGUGGCCCUUAAAAGGGCCUUUGGGUCUUAAUUCGGUGGAUGGUUUCACCUUAACACAGCCACAGCACGCAGGGCUUUACUUAGAGCUGGUGUAUUUGGUGACAGCUUUAGUGCCUUCGGACACGGCGUGCUUCGCCAACUCCCCAGGCAACAGCAGGCGCACCGCGGUCUGGAUCUCUCUUGAGCUGAUGGUCGAUCUUUUGUUGUAUAAAGCCAAGCGGGACGCCUCUGCGGCGAUGCGCUCGAAAAGGUCGCUCACGAAGGAAUUCAUAAUAUUCAUAGCCUUAGAAGAAAUGCCCGUGUCCGGAUGGACCUGCUUCAACACCUUGUAGACAUAAAUAGAGUAAGACUCUUUGCGGCUCCUCUUCCGCUUCUUAUCGGCUUUCUUCACACCCUCCGCAACCAGCUUCUUCCCACCUUUCUUCGGCACGCGCGCAGACAUCCUCCCUCACCUCCCUGCUCUCAACCAACAUAGAAAGACGCCAACGGUCUCCAAGUUCCUCUUUAUAUAGAUUGGGUGCCGACCUGAAUGAAGACUGAAAGGUCUUCGGUCCUCCCCUCCCCUAGAAGGCACUCCUUGUUCGCGCGUGCAGUCCGGUAGCUUGAACAGGACCGCUCCCUUUAUUCACCAUUUGUUACUGAGAAGGCGGCAUAAAUGACAGCAUCUAGUGUUGUACCAAACUUUCUUCUUAUAUUAGCCCCGUCUCAACAAAGCAGUUUGAUCCUCUAUGAUUCUAACAAAGCCACCUAACCCGGAGAAAGAAAUGAUUACAACUAUGGGGCGAUAUAAAAGGCGGUCAGAAGGGAAGUUUCAGGCAGAGAUGACUCUUCCUCCCGAUCCAAAACUCAUCCGUGGGGCUUUCCCUCAGAGAAGUGAGCUUCUGGAGAAAUUCAAAGCGGAUGUGAUUCUGGAUCCUGAUACCGCGAACCCUUGGCUCGUCGUGUCUACGGAUGGGAAAUCUGUGAGAUCGGAAGAGAAACCACAACCUGACUUGCCUGAAAAUCCCAAUAGAUUUGAUCUUGCUCCCUGUGUACUGGGCUCCCAGGGGUUCACCUCAGGGCGACAUUACUGGGAGGUGGAGUUUGGGGAUCAGAGAGAGUGGGCUGUGGGGGUCGCCAGAGAGUCCGUGAAGAGGAAGGAAUGGCUCACUCUUAGCCCCAAGGAUGGGAUCUGGUCUCAGGGGCGCUGGUGGCUUCGGAGGGAGGCAUUCGGCUCCUCUGAGACCCCCCAACCCCACAGUGGGAGGCCUGGGAAGAUUGGGGUUUGUCUGGAUUAUGAAGGGGGUUGGGUGGCAUUUUAUGAAGAUGACCAUACAACUAUGAUGUUGGCCUCCUUUAAUGGGGAAAAAAUUUUCCCCUUCUUCUACUUGGGCGGAGGUGUCCACCUCACACUGAUCCCUUGAGGCACAGGGGGAAACAUCCUACUGGGACUCCCCCAUGAAAUGUGCCCCUCUCUCUAGCCAUUUCCUGCACAGCCUCCCCGAGCCGCAGCGGCCUUGUCUACAUGCAGGCUUUGCACCGGGGUCUGAUUUAAUUUGAACCCGGAGCAAACACUGGUCUGGAUGAUCUUAAUUUGGUUUACGAGCGGCGUGGCUCAAUUUUAAGCAUUGCCAGCAUUCGUGGUUUUCUUGAGAGUGUCAUGAUAUCUGGUGGUUUUUUUCUUGUGAUGCCAUCAGGAUCUGAGCUCUUCUUAAAUCAAUCAAUUAAAAUAAUAAUAAUGAUGGUAAUUAUUAAUUAAUUAACAAUUAAUAAUACAAACAGAAUAAGAAGAUUCAUUCAAUGCCUGGAAGAAGUUUCCAGCCCUCCAAUUUGCAGAGGAAAGAUUGAAAAUGUGACUCCUAAAGGCGCCAACAAAUUAAAAUAUCCCACGUUUACUACUGUAAGCUCUCUGCAGCAAGGGGUCAUUUUCUAGUCUGGGUCUGUACUACACCUUGCACAACAGGGUCCUGAUCCAUGAAUAGGUGCUACAACAAUAUAUUUUUUUAAAUCUCUUGAUUUUUGAGGAGCCCUGACUCAUUGUUUUUGAACACGGGGGGUUGGCAAGCCUGGCUUUAGCUUAAACUUGCUCCUAAUUGACUUGAAAAGGAUCAUGUGUCUUGUUUUAAGAGGGUCCGUGCAGGCGUUUGAAGGGGUUUAACUACAUGCGGCGUAAAUCCCAGCUUUCGUUAAACAGGGGCAGCGUUGCAUGGAGACAAGCCCUCUAGGAAUGUCUACGCCCCAUUGUGGAUCCAGGUCAAGAGUCUCGGACUAGCAGGGCUUGUGCAAGGGCUCCGAAACGUGCUGCAUAGAAGUUUCAGCUCAGGUCUGAAGCCUAGGGAGAGGGAGGGGCUUCAGAGCCCAAGCCGCAAUUUCAAAGCUCCGUCCACACAGCACCGUUCAGAGCGCUAGCACCAGCCCUGAGAGCUUGAGUCUCUCACUCCCAUGGGCUCCAAAAUGCAGUUCAGAUCUACCCCUCGUUUCUAGCUUUGAUGAGCCUGGAAGACUCCCUAGUUCACUCAGAACUUCGUCUUGUCUUCUUCCUAACCUCCUAGGCCCAGAUUCUCAGCGGGAUUUAGGCACUUAAAUAGCUUUGCAGAAGUGAAACUCACUCCCUAAUCUCUGUGGUCAUGCUUUCGCAAAGCCUCUCUGAGCAGCACAGGGAAGCAUCUGCACAGCAAUAAAAAACCCACGGCAGAGAGUCCAGAGCCCAGAUCAGCUGAUUCAUGCUCACGGGGCUCUGGCUGUAGAGAUAAAAAUAUCGGUAUAGACGUCCGCGCUCCAGCUUGAGGCCAGGCACUCAAACCCCACAAGGCGGGAGGGUCUCAGAGCUCAGACUCCAGCCCGAGCCCGGAAAUCUAGACAGCAAUGAAACAGCCCCGUAGCUUGAGCCCCACAAGCCCAAGUUGGCUGGCACGGGCCAGCCACGGGUCUCUGGUUGCUGUGUAGACAGAUGCAUGGUCUCUUCUCUUUGCUCUGUGAUAGAAAGGGAACGAGACAUGAGGCAUAUGAGAAUGAUGCUCCAGGCCCAUCCCGGGCUGGUCCUUCCUCAUCUCCAUUCCUGUUUUAUUCAAGUUAACAAGCCAAUGGCCCGGGUGGGGAUGACCCCACAAUAACAGGAAUAGGAAAUAAAUGUGAAGUGAGUCAAUGGGAAACUCCAGUGAGAUGCACAGAAUAAAACAAAGCCCAGUGCCAGGCCUGUUAAUGAGGGGAUUUCUGUUCAGAGUGUGUCCUAUUUGUCCUUCCUGCUUUUCUGUAACUAGCAGAAAUAUCCCUGAUUUUGCAAUAAACGUUUAGUCCCAUUAUUCACUUCGUUGCAUCUCAAUCCUUUCCCAGCUCCUUGCCUGCCAAACACAGGUUGGAUAUUUUUUAAG